GAGUAGGCUUUCGGAGGUGGUGAAGUGGGUCAUCCCAGGCAGAGGGAAAGGAUGGAUGAUCUAUGAGAUGUAGCCAUGCUAGAAGGGUUGUCUAGGAUGGUGCCAAAUGCCACACCUCCAAUUUUCAGGAUUGAUUUCCAUUUCAAAAUAGCCAGCACAAUGAGUGUUCCCAUUUUACAGAUGCUUCAAGAGGCUCAGCUUUGGUGCAGGGUCCCUGAUAACUCCAAGGCUUGGGAUGUUUUCUGUGAACUCUCCAGAUGCUUCCUGCCCCCAAUAAGUCCCCUGAGCACGAUGGACAGAAGCCCUGGAAGAGGGGUGACCUGUCUCCUAGGACCAGCGGUGGUGCCUCUCCCAUCUUUAGGGGAUCUGUCUGGGGUCCCUCAGAGCUUCUCCCAGGCAUAGGACUCCCAUUGUUCCAGCCCCCCUCUCGUACCCCAGACUGGCCAAACCGGUUCUGGGAAGGGGGGCGGGGAGCAGGCACGUUGAGACAGCCGCCUGCCUCUCCUUGAGGUUCCCUCCGCCUUCGCCUCCCCCUCCCUGCCCCACACAAUACCCUGGAGCUUGCGUUGCUGUCUCAGGGGCCAUGCUGACAUCGCCCCCUGAAGACUUGGCUGCAGCCCCAGAGCCCCCAGGGUGGCCUGGAGCCCUGGACUGUGCCUGCAGCUGGACGGAGCUCCCUGGCUGAGGCCCAGGUGGGUGGCAGAGCAAAGGAGGAAUGGACUGUGGGCCACCUGCGACCCUUCAGCCCCACCUGGCUGGGCCACCUGGCGCUGCCUGCCGCCCAGUAGCUGUGUGCCAGCAGGAGAGCCUGUCCUUUGUGGAGCUGCCCACCAUACAGCCUCUGAGUCCUAUGUGUGUGGACCUUUUCCCUGUUGCCCCAGAGGAGCUACGGGCUCCUGGGAGUCGCUGGUCCCUGGGGACCCCUACCCCUCUCCAAGGGCUGCUAUGGCCCCCAUCCCCAGCAGGCCCAGAUACGGAGAUUUCCACCAGCGCAAGGAUGCGGCCCAGCAGGGCUGGCAGCUGGCCCCACUGUCCUGGAGCCCAGCCCCCAGCUCUGGAGGGACCCUGGCGUUCUCAGCACAUGCAGCCACAGCGCCGGGCCAGCCACGGCUCAGAGAAGAAGUCAGCCUGGCGCAAGAUGCGGGUGUACCAGCGUGAAGAAGCCACUGGCGGCCCAGAACCCUAUGCUGUCUUCCUGGAGCCUGGCCGGGUGGCCCAGGAGCCAGCCCUGCACACAGAGGAGCCCAGGCCAGCGGAACUUUCUGGGACACCCAGAGCGCUGGGCCUGGAGGGGCCCGAGCGGCGGCGCUUCUCAGCCUCUGAGCUGAUGACCCGCCUACACUCUUCCCUGCGCCUGGGGCGGAGUUCGGCCUCCAGGGCACUAGUCUCGGGAGCAGGCACUGGAGCAGCGCAAGAAGGGAAAACAUCUGGAAGAGAGUCUCGAAACGCAGAGAUGAGGGGGGACAGUGUAGCCCUGCCAGCACUUGUUGACCCGCGUGAGGGCCACAGCGACUGGCUGGAGCCCAGGCUGGACGCGCGGGAAGAGCUGCCUCCGGACCCCAAGGGCGACAACGAGCGCCGGCAAUCGCGAUUCCUCCUUAACUCCGUCCUCUACCAGGAGUACAGCGACGUGGCCAGCGCCCGCGAGCUGAGGCGGCAGCAGCGCGAGGAGGAGGCCCCCGGGGACGAGGCGGAGGGCGCGGAGGAGGGGCCCGGGCCGCCGCGCGCCAACCUCUCCCCGAGCAGCUCCUUCCGGGCGCAGCGCGCAACGCGCGGCUCCACCUUCUCGCUGUGGCAGGACAUCCCCGACGUGCGGGGCAGCGGCGUCCUGGCCACGCUGAGCCUGCGGGACUGCAAGCUACAGGAGGCAAAGUUUGAGCUGAUCACCUCCGAGGCCUCCUACAUUCACAGCCUGUCGGUGGCUGUGGGCCACUUCUUGGGCUCCCCUGAGCUGAGCGAGUGUCUAGGGGCGCAGGACAAGCAGUGGCUAUUUUCCAAACUGCCCGAGGUCAAGGGCACCAGCGAGAGGUUCCUGCAGGACCUGGAGCAACGCCUGGAGGCAGAUGUGCUGCGCUUCAGCGUCUGCGACGUGGUGUUGCACCACUGCCCGGCCUUCCGCCGCGUCUACCUGCCCUACGUCACCAACCAGGCCUACCAGGAGCGUACCUACCAGCGCCUGCUCCUGGAGAACCCCAAGUUCCCCGGCAUCCUGGCCCGCCUAGAGGAGUCUCCCGUGUGCCAGCGGCUACCCCUCACCUCCUUCCUCAUCUUACCCUUCCAGAGGAUCACGCGCCUCAAGAUGCUGGUGGAGAACAUCCUGAAGCGGACAGCACAGGGCUCCCAGGAUGAAGACAUGGCCACCAAAGCCUUCAAUGCUCUCAAGGAGCUGGUGCAGGAGUGCAAUGCCAGUGUGCAGUCCAUGAAGAGGACCGAGGAGCUCAUCCACCUGAGCAAGAAGAUCCACUUUGAGGGCAAGAUCUUCCCGCUGAUCUCGCAGGCCCGCUGGCUGGUCCGGCACGGGGAGCUGGUGGAGCUGGCGCCGCUGCCCGCAGCGCCACCUGCCAAGCUGAAGCUGUCCAGCAAGGCAGUCUACCUGCACCUCUUCAACGACUGCCUGCUGCUGUCUCGGCGGAAGGAGCUGGGGAAGUUCGCCGUCUUCAUCCACGCCAAGAUGGUGGAGCUGCAGGUGCGGGACCUGAGCCUGAAGCUGCAGGGCGUCCCCGGCCACGUGUUCCUCCUGCAGCUGCUCCCCCGGCAGCACGCCAAGCACCAGCUCCUGCUGAGGGCCCGCACGGAAAGUGAGAAGCAGCGAUGGAUCUCAGCCCUGUGCCCCUCCAGCGCCCAGGAGGACAAGGAGGUCAUCAGCGAGGGGGAAGACUGCCCCCAGGUUCAGUGUGUCAGGACGUACAAAGCCCUGCAGCCCGACGAGCUGACCCUGGAGAAGACGGACAUCCUAGCAGUGAAGACUUGGACCAGUGACGGCUGGCUGGAGGGGGUCCGCCUGGCUGACGGCGAGAAGGGCUGGGUGCCCCAGGCCUACGUGGAGGAGAUCAGCAGCCUCAGUGCCCGCCUCCGCAACCUCCGGGAGAUCAAGCGCGUCACGAAUGCAGCCAGCAAGCUCGGGGAGCCCCCCGCGUGACAGCUGUGUUCCUCGGGGUGCCUGCUCUGUGCCUGGCUCCCCGACAGCCCUGGGUGGCCACCGUGUCUCAUGCCCAAGCUGCCACUGCUGGCCUCUCUAUCUGUGGCCCUGGCAUGAAGGGCACAGGCCAGGCGCAGGAGCUGGGCCCCCAGAGGGUACCCCUGUCCUCACCACUCAUCCGUGUCCACCCUGGAGGGCUGGGGACAGCUUGCUCUUCUGGCAUGGGGGCCAUGACAGAUGUCCUCUGGGACCUGGCCAGGGCAGCUUUCUCCCUCCUGUGCCUGCGCCUGCUGACCCUUGGUCACUACGGCAGGGCCUGGGGCUGGGGGACGCCCCCGGGGCUGCCGGGUGCUGGGACCUGCACGUCUCUCAAAUCUUCCUCCCCAGCUCCUCCCUGCCAUGUCCCCCAGGCCAGGAACACCCGUGGCUGCCAGGACUGGGACUGGCCUGUCCCAGAAUUCUCUUAACCCCAAGCGGACAAGGGGCUGUGCAUCAGUCAGGCCACUUUCAGCUGCAAGGAACACAUCAGCUCUGAGCGGGCUGAACUAUUAAAGAGAUGUUAUUAGUUCUUG